UUAUCAUCUGCUGACUGCCAGCUAACUUAACAGAAACAGAUUAACAAAAACAUGCUCUCACCACCAUAACCACCUCCACCGCCACCGCCACCGCCGCCACUAUGUCUGCAACCGGCAGCACAGAAGAAUCCAACAAACCAAUUGACUCUUCGUCUUCUCUAGCAGAGCCAUUUCUCUCCAAACCCCCACUAUUAUAUCCCUCUCAAAUCGAAGAACCAGAGCCGACCCACUUCAACCCAAACGAAUCAGACCCGACCCAGUUCCUCCAGAUCACCUACAACUCCGGUCCAAGACAAUUCAAAGACCUUCCAUUUCUAAUCCUCUUCAUUCUCUUUGUCCUCUGCACUUUUGGGUUUGGUAUCUUCUCAAUCUUCAACAAAAAUCCAAAUUACUCAAAUCUUUCUUCUUUUAAAUAUGACUUAAAUUCCACUUCUUGUGUUAAAGAUUCAAUCUUUUUCCCCCAAACCAGUGUUAAAAAUUCAAUUUUUUUCUUGAAUUCUGCCUCAAAUUCUAGUGUUUUGAAGGGCUUGAUAUGGAGUCUUGUGAUUACUUUGAUUCUAAGUGGGCCCAUUUGUUUUCUUUUGCUUUUGUUACUUAAGCAUUAUACUAAGCAAUUGGUGUACAUUUCACUUCCCCUUUUUAUUGUGCUUCCUGUAUUUUUUAAUGUCUACUGGUUUGUUGCUUGUACACUUGGUUCAUCUUGUAGUGAUGCAUUUCCUUUGGCUUAUAGGAUUUUGUUGUUGGUUUUUGUGUUCUUGGUUAUUGGUAUUGUUGUGUGGAUCUUUGUGGCUAAUUGGCAUAGGAUUGAGUUGACUGUGAUGAUCAUUGGUGUUGCUUCGAAUGCGCUUUCCAAGAAUUUGGGGUUGUUUGUGGCGUUACCGUUGUUGACGUUUGGUUUAGCGUUUUAUUAUGCGCCGAUUAUAGUGUUUUUGGUGUUUGCGAGACUGAAUGGUAAGAUUAUUCCGAAGGCGUCGGGUGAGGGGUAUAGUUGUGUGUGGAAGCAGGAUAGUUGGGUGCCUGCUUACUUUACGUUAGCUAUUCUUACCAUGCUUUGGUCUUUGACUACAAUGGUUGAAGCUCAGGUUUAUGUGAUUAGUGGGACUAUUGCUCAGUGGUACUUCUCGAAGGAGGAUUCAGCACCAAAGCGGGGUAUUAGAAGUUCUUUGAGAAAUGCAUUUGGCCCCUCUUCUGGCACUGUAUGCCUCUCUGGGCUACUUAUUUGCGCUGUUCGUAUGGUGCGUGCUGCUGUUGAUAGUGCAAGACAAGAAGAAGUUCCUGGGAUGGUUACCCUUGUACUGCGAUGCUGUGUUAAUGCCUUAAUGUCCGCUGUAGAUUUUCUUAACAAAUUCACGAUUAACUUUGCAGCAAUAACUGGUGAAGCUUAUUGCACUUCUGCAAAGAUGACAUAUGAGCUCUUAAAACGCAAUCUUCUCUCGGCCGUUUUUGUGGAGACUGUCUCUAGUCGUUUGUUGGCUGGAAUUGCAUUUGUCCUAUCAGCAUUAUAUGCAAUUGUGACGUGCGCCAUUUUGAAAGGAGCGAGCAAUCUUGGUGUUGAUUCAUACUUUGUCGCUGCACUUGCAUGGAUUCUACUGAUUGUGGUGCUGGGGUUCUUCGUUCAUGUGCUGGACAAUGUGAUCGAAACUGUAUAUGUGUGCUUUGCAAUAGAUAGAGAUAGAGGGGAAGUCUAUAAACCAGAGGUUCAUGAGGUUUAUGUUCAUCUACCCAUUAGCAGAAAUCAUAGAUCAACUGCUGUUCCGAGAACUUCCGGUGUGUAAUGUAUUGCGUUUUCCGCUGUUUUGCCAUUUGUUCUUUGUAUGUAUGCUCUUGUUGACAGUUUGUGCAUACCUCCAAUUCAAUAAAGAGCUGUGUUUGAAGCCUCAA